AUGAGCAGUAAAAAAGCUCUCGCUGCUAUUCAAACCAUGAAGAUCAUCUAUGGAUCGCAAGGUCGACAAAACAUCCUACCAUAUCAUUACCUUGGUAUGGUCUAUCGUACACCAUGGCGCUUUUGGUAUUCGAAUUCUCAAGUAUUUCGAUGGUUCUCACGUAUUAUGCUUGUCGCUUUCGGAGCCUCGAUUUAUUUACCGUUACGAGGUGUGGAUUUAUCUUAUACACCAUAUUCUAUUGUCCACCAUCAAUUGGAUCAUAAAUUUGGUCAUUGGAUUGAAGAAAUGCGCUAUCCGGUUGAUGAAAAACGUGUUGAAGAAUACAAAAAAUCACAUGGACUUAAAUAG